GAGUUCCUCCACAGCCGAGACCUUCUUCAUGGCAACGUCCGUGCUCACAGCGUAUUGGUCAGCCGGGAGCUGACGGCCAAGCUGUGGGGACUGGGCGGGGUCUACACCAGGAAUACCCAGGGAGCUACUCAGACUGAAGUUCCCGGCUUGAAGAAAUGGCAGGCCCCUGAGCUAUUGGCUAGGAGGCCUGCCAAUCAUAGCAGUGACGUCUGGUCGUUUGGCAUCUUGUUGUUUGAAAUGGCGACCUUGGGUGAUGCUCCGUUUUCAGAUAUCUCCGUCAACGAGCUUCUACAGUUUCACCAGAGAGGGAAAACACUGAGAAAGCCAGCCAACUGCUCCAACUCACUGUACUCCAUCAUCAAGGCCUGCUGCCAAUGGAAGGAGCAGGAUCGCGCCACAUUGACCGAGGUCGACCGCAAGCUCCAAUCAGGAGAGAAGAGUGCCAACGACAAAGUCCUCAAGGUGCCUGAGCCAAUCAACAUCGAGCAGUACCUGCAAGAGGCUGGAUAUGGGGAGUCCAACAGCUACACUGUUUUCUGAGUGGCGGAUGUGCCGGCCAACGACAACGGUGGAUGUUUAUAUAUGUAUGCCUCCAUUCAUUACAGAAAGAUAUUCACUUCCUUCUGCCCUUUUUCAGUCCCCUUCAUGGGGGACUGAAUGUCUUUGUACCAUAGACUUAAGAUAGGUAUACUUGAACAGAUACAUUCGUUGAGUCAACCUCAGUUUGUAGUUGAUUGUGUAUACCAGUAGAGGCUGCUGAGGGGAGGACGGCUCAUAAUAAUGUCCAGAAUGGAGUGAAUGGAAUGGUAUCAAUUUCAUGUGUUGGAUACCAUUCCAUUCACUCAAUUCCAGCUGUUUCACUCCGUUCCAGUCAUUAUGAGACGUCCUCCCCUCAGCAGGCUCCACUGAUGUACACUACCGUUCAAAAGUUUGGGGUCACUUAAACAUUUCCUU